AUCGCGCAGGCCUUCGCCUUUGUCACCUUCGUGCCGCAGAACUUUUGGCUGCUCAUCGUGUUUGCGCCCAACUGGAAGGUCACGCGUCAGGUCUUUGAGCCGCUCUGGCCGCUCUGCAUCGUCGCUCUCUUCCAUCUCUUCAUCGUCGUCGCGUCCGCGGGCAAGCCACCCGAGGCGGGCACGGCUCCGAUCGAGCUCUUCAACAAUUUGUUCAAUCCAGUAGUAGUGGGCGAGCGUGGCAUCGACGUCUACCUUGAGCUCGGCACAUACAAGAACUUUGCGGCGGAGGAGUGGACGCAUGAGUUGGUGUGGGACCUGUUCGUCGGCCGCUGGAUCUGGCUGGAGGGCCGCCGGCGCGACAUCUUCACCUCGCACAGCGUGCUGCUCACCAACCUGAUCGGGCCGCCCGGGCUGCUGCUCCACGUCCUGACGGUGCAGCUAUACGCCCUCUUCAGGCCG